CUCCCCCCUUUUUUUCUUUUUCUCUCUCUCUCUCUUUUUUUUAUCUGUUUAAACUGUAUCGAUGUCUGUUUAUCAACACGCCUUGAGAGCAACAAGCCGCCGUGCGUACAGUGUCGAAGCAGCACCUAAAACCUUCUCAAACCAAUCGAAGCUUCCUCGGUUACCUAUUCCUAAACUUCAAUCCACAGCAGCGCGUUAUAAACGUAGCCUUUUGCCUCUAUUGUCUGCUUCUGAGCAUGCACAGGUAAGCAAGAAAAUCGAUACAUUCGUUCAACCUCAAGGCCUUGGAGAAAAAUUACAAGAGCGUCUUCAUGCAUUGGACGAAAAAGAAACUGCGUUAGGAUUAAAUUGGCUUGAUCGUCUCUGGCUUAAAAAAGGAUACCUUGAAUAUCGCAUUCCUACAUUGAUUAACGUCAAUUGGUGGAAUCAAUUUCGUGACCCUGAAUCAGGUCUAGGACAAGGCGGUCCUGAAGGUCAAGUUACUGAAUUUCAAUUGGAUAGAUCAGCUAGCAUGAUUGCUGGCUUGAUUGACUAUUCGAACCGAGUCAACAAUGAACAAAUUCCUCCCGAUGUGUCUCGUUCAGGACCUUUCUGUAUGCAUCAGUUGAAGAAUAUGUUUGGCACUAGCCGUAUUGCUAGUUCAGGAUGUGAUCGUGUAGUUACACAAUGGCCUUGCUUAAGCAAGCACAUCAAUGUUAUCUACAAAGAUCAGAUAUUUUCAGUUCAAGUCAUUGGCCCUCACGGUGAAGUGGUGCCUAUCAAGGAGUUGAAAAAUCAGUUGCGAAAUGUCAUUGACCAAGUUGAACAAACACCAGCGGAACAAAGACAAGCUCCAGUAGGUCUUUUGACUACUGAACAUCGCGAUACUUGGGGCCCAAUUCGCGAAGAAAUGGAGAAAGAUGCCACCAAUGCCAAGUCCUUAAAGAAUAUUGAUGAUUCUAUCUUUGUCUUUUGUUUGGACGAUUAUAGCUCUCCUUUAGACAUUGAUCUUUCUCAUCGUAAUAUUUUUCAUGGCAGGAAUGGUAGAAACAGAUGGUUUGAUAAGGCAUUACAGUUCAUUGUUGAAAACAAUGGUCGUGCUGGUAUCAAUGGCGAACAUUCUCCAGCGGAUGCUGUUAUUCCUUCUCGUAUUGUGGAUGAUGUCUUAACUCGUGAACCUAUUCAAGAUACAAUGUCUGCUGCUUCUAUUUCGAAUUUAGAAAAGCCAGAGCUACUCACAUGGCAUGUUUCAACGCAACUAGGUCAAGCUAUCAGAGAAGCCGAAACAAAUGCCUCAAAGCUGAUUGCUGAUCUGGACAGUGUUUUGCUUCAUUACCAUGAAUAUGGUUCUCAAUUCAUGAAAGAGGCCAAAGUCAGUCCUGAUGCUUGGAUCCAAAUGGCCUAUCAACUUGCCUAUUAUAGACACUAUGGUAAGCCUUGUCCUACCUAUGAAUCUGCAUCUACACGCAAGUUCAUUGCUGGUCGUACCGAAACAGUCCGUUCAUGCUCUGUUGAAUCGGUUGCAUUUACUAAAGCAUGGGAAAACAAGGAUGUGAAGAUGGUCGACAAACUAAGUUUGAUGGAAAAAGCCAUUGCCAGUCAUUUAGAAUACAUGAAAGCAUCUAGUAACGGUCAAGGUGUAGACCGUCAUUUGUUGGGACUUCGUUGCCAGAUGACGGCAGAAGAAGCAAACUCAGAAAGAGCUGCUAUUUUUCAAGAUCCUUCUUACUGGGGAUCACAGUACUGGUUACUGUCUACUUCAAACACUUCUCCAGGUGACCUUGCUUGGGGAGGGUUUGGUGCUGUUGUGCCUGAAGGAUACGGUAUUAAUUAUGCUAUUGGCAAAGGACGUGUGCGCAUGAGUGUCUCUUCUUGGAAUCAUUAUAAAGACACUAACUCAAACGCUUUUAAAGCCACUAUCCGUCAAGUACUUGAUGAGUUUGGCGAAGUUGCCGAGAAAUACUUGAUAAAGAAAUAAAGUAGUAUCGAAUUACUGAAGAGACUAACUAUGCUUAAAUAAAGAAAGUGAUGAUUUAGUCAUAUUAACAUUAUGCAAUUCUGUAAUAAAGGAUAAUAAACAAGACAGCAUAAUGCUAAAAAUGACCUUUUGAGCAACAACUGCAGCCGAACGAUCACUCUAGAUUACAAAAGAAACAAUGAGGCUUCAAUAGACAUACAAAGCUUCGCAUGAAUCCAUGAUAAUCAUAGUCGGGGCUGUAAUCAGCAGUAGAAAGCAUUAAAUUCGUUUAAACUCAUUUCGAUAGGUUUGAGUGCCAUAGCACUCCAUCAUCUUGAAAUGGUGUAUUCCAGAUAUGUUAAGGGCUCUAUAUAUGUGUGAAAGAAGCCUUCAGGUUACUAAAAAUAAAGCAGCCAUGUCACGUCACAAUAAAAUCCAUUUUCAAGCACAAUUUCUUUUC